UCCUUGGAUUUCAUCAUUAUCAUUUACGGUAAAAACAAGAAGAUCCGAUGGUCGAAUUUCGCGUUGAAAUAUCAGAGGGAAAUAUUGGUAAACAAUGGGAAGAAGAAGAAAAGGACGCGAAGUGGUGACGAAGAAAUGCACAGAAUGUAACAAAGAGGCACCCAUAGCAGUCAAGUUUUGUACCUGUGGACAUGAGUAUGUUUCUAAGCAGUCUCAAUCCCCAACAGGUAAUGAUUCACCUCAGGAUAAAGUAAACGAUGCAGAGGAAUCAAAGAGGGUUACCCAAAAACCAGACUUUUUUGACUCAGAAAUUGAAGAAAUAUCAUCAAAACGAAUCAAGACUAUACAUGUACCGACAAAAUUGAAUAGCAGAAAAAGAGGGAGACCCAAAGGAUCAACAAGUAAAUAUGUGUCGUCAUCGUCCAUUUCUAAAGACAAUAAAAUGAAUGAUCUCCUGGACUUAAAGAGAAAACAGUUACAACUUGAAGAGAGGGCAGUAGAAGCACUGGAGAAAAUCGCUAGGGCUCUGGAGGGAUGGCAGCAGAAAUCUCAUUAAUUAUUUUUUUAACAUUAUUUUUAUUACACUCAUUAAAUUCUUUUUAAAUAGA